AAUGCAAAUACAUUUAGAAAAUAUUUUCAGAGAAAAUAUAUUUUGACACUGAAAAAGAUGUGAAUUCUCCAAUAACAGCGAAAAUUUGUUCUGCUCAUUAACACCCCAAACGAGUCUAGUCCCUUUGACAAAUAUACUUUCACUGUAAAUUGGUCUUUUCAUCAGAGUAUGGUGACUGGACUUCAGUUCGUCUACCUCGUAAUUUGUUUGCGAAGAAGAUGUUUUUGAAAUCGUAAACAGCUUUAACUGAAAAAAACACAAUGGACAAUUCAGACGAAGUCAUAGAGAUAGUUCCAAUGGACGAGUAUGAUUCUCAGAAGGCAAAGUUACAAGCAUCACUAGCCUGGAUCCUGGAAAAAUCAUACAAAGGAGAAGUUCCUGCAGAAUUCAAGCCUCCAUUUUAUGAAACAUCAGAGGGAUACUUGCACGUUAAACCAAGACUAGCUAAUCUGAUGGUAACCAGUGAACUGUACUGUCAAGCCUGUAGGAACAUGUUUGGAAAUGUACACUCACAAUGGCAAGGACAUUGGAGUAUCAUUCAGGUGCUGUCAAGGAAGGGCAUUUAUGUUGUGGAACCAGAUGAAACAGAAGUUACAGAGACCAUAUUGAUGAAAAAUGCACCAUUUCACCAGAAUGCUCAUCUAGCCCUGAUUGAUUGUCUCAUGAUGGCUUACAUCAGUGAAACAGUUAGUGUAGAAAGAGUUGUACAGGCAGUUAGACGAUUUGCUGUUUUCAAUGCAUCGAGUGAAUUACCGUCAGACACAGAAAAUGCUGUUGAUUUCUGGUUCAAUAAAGUGUGUAGUACAGUCCAAAGUAAAGAGCAGAAGGGGUCACAGGUUUUAGAAGGACAGUCCAAAAUGAAGGUGAGAAUUGUGAGUAGAUCAGGUGAUUCCUCAUUAGACAUGCCAUUUAUAGAGGAAUUUCUACAGGAUAUUGGUGAUGGUUGUUGUCUGGCUGUGUUAGUACAUUUUUAUUGUCCUGAACAUCUCAAGCUCACAGAUAUUUGUUUGAAGUCCAAUCUUGGUAUAGCAGACUCACUUUAUAACCUCAGCCUAGUGAAGAAGUUCUGUGGUGAACAUUUACCCAGCAAUUGUUUUCAUCUGUCUUAUGAAGAUUUUCUGUAUACACACAAUAACUUGAAGCAGAAUCUGUAUGCAUUGGUAGCUGAUCUCUUUAACUGGUUUGAGACUAAUCCAGCUCCCUGUGUGAGGUCCCCAUCAAGAGAGGAUUCAGCAUCAAGACCAUCAACAGCAAAACAUAUAACAAGCAACAGGGUACCUAACGUACCAAUAAGUAAUGUAACCAAACAGAGCUUCAAAAAGUGUUCUAUGGACGACUCCGGUCUACAUUCACCACAAGGAGGAGCUGUUCUUGUACACCCACAUAAACCCCUUCUACCUAAGCGUCAGAUGCGAUCAGAAGAAAGAGAACAUCCUCCAGUGACACAGUCAAUUAGAGGUGGAAGGAGAUCUUUAUCAUUAAGUUCAGCUAAAGAGAGAGAUGUUAUACAAGAAACCAUGCUAGCCUGGCAAGACAAUAAAGAUAGGUCCAGUAAUUUUGAUAAUGAAGAAACAAAGAAUUCCACCUCCUCAAAUCUGUUAGCCAAUGUGAGCAUCGAUACAGAAAUGAUGGACAGUUUCUCUGAUGACGUUAUUGGAAGUAUUGACAUAGGGGAUGACAGUAACCCAACGCCACCUCCCACAUUAACUCAUCCAUCUGAUCUACAAAGAGAGACAACUCAAAGAACAGCUUCAAAUUUACAUAAUCAGGAACAUCCAGAUUACAUGGAAGUUCAAAGUGUUACAUCAGCUGUUUCUCGCAUGACUGAUCGCAGUGGAAUUGAAGAUGUUCACACACAUAAUGGUUUAUACUCUGAUACUAACAUGAAUAAGUCAAAUAUAAAUUCUGGUUCUCAGAGGGUAGAACCACUUUUGACGGCACGACUUAAACCUGCAAAGGAGAAAACAAAUAAUCAUAGUAAAGAACAGGAACGUAGUCACAUAAUCAAUAAAAAAUCUCCUACAAGGAAGGAACCAGAACUGAUCAGUAGAGAAUUAAGGUCACCUACAAGGUCAAAAGGAAAAUCUACUGAUAGCGCUUGUUCAUUUAGUUUGAGUGAAGACAGCAGUGUUACUGAUUCAGUGACGCCUCUUCCUGAUGAUAUGUUAUCUGAUACAGAGACAUCACAGCGGAAUACAUUAGAUAAGCCAAUAUUUUCCGCUUUUAGCAUUCCUGGGAAUGAUGUUUCCGAAAGUGCUGUUGAUAAAAGUUCUGAUUCUGUUAAAUUAAGUUACACCAUUCAGAGUCAGGUAUAUACUCCCGAAACAGCACGAGCUGCAGGCAUCCCUAUUGUGACAGAUAGUUCUGAUAAAUCCUCACUUGUUCAUUCCGAUGGAAAAACGUCAGUGUCAAGAGAAGGAAGUGUUUGUAGUAGAAGCUCAGGUGAUUUUUCGGACCAUGAAUCUCACAAAAUUCACAAAGAUCAUAAAAUUAAAGAAUCUGAGGAUGUUAAAACUCCGACUAAUAUCUCUGUCAAAAAGCCAGAAAUGUUGAUUAUUAAGACUGGUGAUGAUGUUAAACCUAAUACAGAGAAAAAAACCAUGACAACAAAUUUUGCUGAAAUCCGUCGGCUUAAGCAAGGUCUUGGCAAAGUUGAUAACUCUGGACUUGUUUUCAUGCAGCAUGGACAUGAACCAAAGAGUGGAGAAAAUAAAAAGUCAUCUUUUAAAGAUAGCAGUAACGGGGCAAAAUCUGAGAAGAAGACAUCAUUUGCCCCAUCAAGUAAUCAAACCACAUGGCAACAAACUUUGCAGAAUGCCAGUUCGUCUGGGGAACAAGCACAAGGUUCGGCAGUACCCCCAGUUCCAUCAGAACUCUUGCAAAUUAAAAUGAAAUUGGAAGAAAAGAGGAAACUAAUCGAGAAGAAAAAACAAAGAAAUGAAGUUCAGCAACAGAGACUUAGACAAAAGCUAGGAAAAACUGCUUUCCUUCAUGUCUUAAAGAAACCUGGUGAUACAGAAAAUGGUAUUCUGGAAGAGGAGGCAAGAAGCUCUUCCAGUGGAUCAUUUGAAGAUUUGUCAGUUGCACAAAGACAAGAUAUGUCCACAGAACGAAGACCUCAACAUACUCAAAAGGAACAUUCCCCAUCACCUGCAAGACCAGGACUAGAUGAAUAUGAUAGUGCAAAUGGUAUGUCACAACGACCAUUCUCACGAGAAGGAAUACAGCAAACAAUUGAAAAUGUACGCAAGAAGUGGUUUAAAGAUGAUGCUGAAGUUGUGACUCAGGCUUACGCUGAGAAACCAGAGACACCUGACAGUCCACCGCCAUUUGAUGGUGGGCUUGCUGAAAAACAUUUACCAAAACCUACGGCUGAUUAUAACACUUCAUUAGAUAAAUUUAAUAGGAACUUGUCAGAUCUGCAGAUUGAAAUAAAUCGGUUGUCUUUGCAACAGGAACAAAUUAAACAGUCAAGAGGACUACCUCCACAACCACAGAGGAAUGUCCAGCAAAGGUUGCCUAAUACUACUGUUGCCAUGACAACACAGCAUCACAUGACAAGAGGUCCUGAAAUUUCCUACAAUCCUCAAAGCAUGCAACCUCAACAGGUCCCAGUUGGUCCGGUUGUACCUAGUCAAAACCAGUAUAUGCCAGCCACAGGAGCUGGUCUAAACCAGUAUCAUCCAGCUACAAGUACUGGUCACAGCCAGUAUGUUCCACCCUAUAAUGGAUACCAGCAAGUAUUUUCUCCUUCUUAUCCAUACCCUCCAGCUCAGCAACAGGCGUUUGGUCAGUCACCACCAUACCCAGUUACCCCACAACAUGGGGCUGGGCCUAUGAUGUCUUCCCCUCAUACUCAUGGCAUGGUUCCAGCAUUCAGUCCAAUGGGACCAGGUAUUCCUACUCCUGGACUUCAGCUCAGUGCUGUACCUUCUAGUCAUGUUGGUGCACAGAUGUACCAACCACCACCAACACAACCAAUAACAAAUUACCAGCCAGUGACUUCAACAGUAACACAUAUACAUUCCAAUGAAUAUUCAGUACCAAAUUCAUACCAUUCUCAAACACCUGUGUCUGGACAGUAUCAGAAUUUAUCACAGACUCCAAGUCAGAUAACGGCUGAUACAUCACUGACUCAAGUGUCCUCAUUUUCAGACAUGUCUCGGACUAAUGCUCAAGGUCAUUUAGAAUCUGUGAUAAAUAAUGACUUAAGUGGUGUCUCAGCAAGUCAUACUGGAGAAAAUGAUUUAACAAAUAAAAAUGAAUUUUUUGUGUCAUUCAAUGAAAGUACUCCAACAAAACCUAAACCAGUAUUGGGUAAAAAUAGACUAAAAGCUGAUUCAGUUACUGCAGUACAAGAACAAGUGAAUUCCAACCAAAACCGGUCUGAACUGGAUAGUACUAGUCAUAUACAGGACGUCUCUCAAGGAAGUGAUGCAUCACAAAAUGCUUCAGGACAGAACGUUUCCGGAAUAGGCUUUGUGAUUGGAGAAGAUGAAACAUCCAUUAAUCAGGAUGAAGCAGAAGAGAUUCAGAAAAAGAAAGAAAAACUUAUACAGCUUCAGCAGAAAAGGAAGGAAGAACAAGAGAAAAAACGCCAGUACAAAGAAAUUGAGAUGUCAAGACGGAAAGAUCAAGAGAGGGUUAAACAGGAACAGUCAGAUCAAAGAAAAUUAGAGGAAAAGUUACGUAGGGAAGAGAUUUUUAGACAGUACCAGGAGAAAAAACAUAAAGAAGAUGAGGAGACUCGUCCAGUUGUCAAACGAGAGCGAUCAUUUCGGCAGAAAUCACGACCUCAGUCUAUGUUUGUAAAACCAAAUAAACCUGCCCAUAAAGAAGCCUUACACACUUCUCAAGAAGAUUUAACUGCUGGAAGGCGGUUCCCUCCUCGAAGCAACACAUUCCAUCAUGGAAAAAUGAGAAAAGCAGUUUCCUGUAAUCAGCUAACAACUUCAGCAGAAGGGAAGUCAUUAGCUUUUGGAGGUAUGACACAUAGAACAAGACCACCAUCGCCAGAUUUGCAUGGUAGAGGUAAAAUGUCUGCUUCAGGAAGUAGCGAAGCUGGUUCCAUGUCUGGGUCAGAUUAUUCAGGUCCAAAGUUGUAUGUAAAACCUAGUACCAAAUCCAAUAAAAGUAUUAUCAAUAAUGCUAUAAGUCACUGCUGUCUAGCUGGAAGUGUUAACACAACCAUGAAAAACAAAGUCUUAGAGGUUUUAGAAGGCUCUGAAGCUCACCAUUUUAUGAUUCUGUUCCGAGAUCAUAGUUGCCAGUAUAGAAGUCUAUACAUGUACUAUAAUGAUACAGAUUUCAUGAUAAAGUUACAUGGAGUAGGGCCAAAUAGGAUAACAAAUUCCAUGAUUGAAAAGUUUUAUAAAUAUAAUAGUGGCGGGAAGAAAUUUUCACAAGUUGUAAGCACAAAACAUUUAUCUGUCUCAAUUGAUGCUGUUGUAAUUCAUAAUUCGUUGUGGAAAACUCAUAAAAUGGCUGCUAAAAACAAAUAGCUUCCUUAAAAAGCUUGCAGUUCAGUAUGUAAGAAGACUUGCUAGUGCUUAAGUAAAAAAGUUCGUAGCAACUGUAAUUACAGAAUAGAUCUGAAGUGUAAAUCCAUGUUCAAGUGCUUUAUAAAAUAGCUAUGAUUUUGUCCAGCUGAGAGAAAAGACACUGGCAUUGAUGCUAGAAGGACAAAAAGUGUCUUAUAAGGACAAUUGCUUUUAACAAUUUCUAUGCAGAAUUUAUUGUAAAAUUGUCAAGGAUGAUAUUAUAGAACAGAAUGCUUUUGUAUUGUAGAUGUCAAAUGCGCUACUU